UAUCUUCCUUUUCAAGACAGACAUCUUCGACGCUUCUUUUUAUUCCGUCGUCGUUCGUCGAAGGCUUUACCAAAUUCACACAGACGAAGAUUCUGCCGAUUCAUCUGAGAUUUAAGUUUGCGUAAAGCCAGCAAUGGUUUCGUAUCCCGCUACAACGGAGACGAUUUCCCUGGCUCUAGAAGCCAACAGCUCGGAGGCUAUUUCGAUACUGUACCAGGUAUUAGAAGACCCUUCUUCAUCUCCAGAGGCUCUGCGGAUCAAGGAGCAAGCGAUUACUAACCUCUGUGAUCGUCUGACUGAAGAGAAGAGAGGUGAGGAUCUCCGGAGACUGUUAACCAAGUUGAGAUCUUUCUUUUCACUGAUCCCCAAGGCCAAAACCGCGAAAAUCGUCAGAGGAAUCAUUGAUGCUGUGGCUAAGAUACCCGGAACAACUGAUCUCCAGAUCACUCUCUGCAAAGAAAUGGUUGAAUGGACUCGUGCUGAGAAGCGUACUUUCCUCAGGCAGCGAGUAGAGGCGAGGCUAGCAGCUCUUUUAAUGGAGAACAAGGAGUAUGUUGAAGCUUUGGCGCUGCUGAGUACUUUGGUGAAAGAGGUUAGGAGAUUAGAUGAUAAGCUCCUUCUGGUCGACAUAGACUUGUUGGAGAGCAAACUUCACUUCUCAUUGAGAAACUUACCCAAAGCAAAAGCUGCACUUACCGCAGCCAGGACAGCUGCAAACGCUAUAUAUGUACCCCCGGCCCAACAAGGCACCAUUGAUCUGCAGAGUGGGAUUCUUCACGCUGAAGAGAAAGACUACAAAACCGGAUACAGCUACUUCUUCGAAGCCUUUGAGUCCUUCAACGCGCUCGGAGAUCCAAGAGCGGUUUUCAGUUUGAAAUACAUGUUGCUGUGCAAGAUCAUGGUUAGCCAAGCCGAUGAUGUUGCAGGAAUAAUUUCCUCAAAGGCUGGACUCCAGUACGUUGGCCCCGAUCUAGAUGCCAUGAAAGCAGUCGCUGAUGCUCACUCGAAGAGGUCCUUGAAACUGUUUGAGAACGCGCUCCGUGACUACAAAGUGCAGCUAGAGGAUGACCCGAUUGUCCACAGGCAUCUCUCAUCUCUCUAUGACACACUUCUGGAGCAAAACCUGUGCCGUUUGAUCGAGCCCUUCUCACGAGUUGAGAUAGCUCACAUUGCUGAGCUGAUUGGGUUACCAGUCGACCAUGUGGAGAAGAAGCUAUCUCAGAUGAUACUUGACAAGAAAUUCGCAGGUACGUUGGAUCAAGGAGCUGGAUGCCUCAUCAUAUUUGAAGAUCCAAAGGCAGAUGCUAUCUACUCGGCUACUCUUGACACCAUUGCAAACAUGGGGAAGGUCGUUGACAGCCUUUAUGUCCGGUCUGCAAAAAUCAUGGCCUGAGUGAGUGAGAGUUCGUUGUCUUAAUCUCGUUCUCUCUCUAAUUCUCCUUUUUUUACUGUUUUAAGAUCAUCGUUUGGACCCAAAAGAACUGAUGCUUCUCAAUGACAAAAGUAAAACUGUCUGGAUUGUUCCCAUUGCUCCUUCUGGGCUUAUGUAUCUUCUGCGAUACAGAUGCAAGUAUUUGUCUUUUCUUUAGUGCUUAAAUGGUAGGAUUUGUUUUAA